CGCAGUGAGCAGCAGCAGGCAUUAGUGAGGAGGAAUUGGGAUUUUUUUUUUUCUUUUUUAUUUUGGUUCAAAUACGGCGACUAAAGCCCCGCAGCCACCUCAGAAGCCCAUGCGAAUGCCGCUGCCUAACCAGUUUUCCUCCACGUGACCUUCGAAGCCGCAAAGGGCCAGCAAGCCAGCCAGCCAGCCAUCACACUCCCUUCGCCUUCCCCGUCUCCUUGAUCCGAUUCUUCCCCCUCUCGUCUCCAUCCCCAUUCAUUCUCCAUUCUUCUUGUGUCGGAAUUUCACGGACUAAGCAUCGCUUGGGGUCGAUCACUUGUUGGAUCUCCCUCAAUCGGGCCGCUAGUCACAGCGUUGCUUUUUGCAAAUCGUAGACGCAAUGCCGCGGGCGGUGAAGUUGCUGCUGGAUCAGCUCAAGCCAUCGCACUCUGCACGAUGGUCCCGGUAUUAUCAAGCCUCAUCGGCUGCCUCAAAUGCGGACCUGCGAGCCAAGAUUGCGGAAAUGGUCCCAGAUGAGAGGGAAAAGCUGAAGGCGAUUAAAAGCAAGUAUGGAAAAGUUUCACUUGGAGAGACCACGGUUGAUAUGGCAAUUGGUGGAAUGCGCGGCAUCAAAGGUAUGCUAUGGGAGACAUCCUUACUUGAUCCUGAGGAGGGCAUUCGCUUCAGAGGCAUGUCAAUUCCUGAAUGUCAGAAAAAGCUUCCAGCAGCUAUACCUGGUGGUGAACCGAUCCCCGAAGGCUUUUUGUGGCUCCUUUCGACUGGAGAGGUUCCAACCAAAGAGCAAGUCAAUGCACUGAGUGAAGAUUUGCGAUCUCGCGCAAAAAUCCCAGGUCACGUGUUUGAUGUCAUCAACGCACUCCCAAAGACUGCACAUCCCAUGACCCAGUUAACGACAGGCAUCAUGGCCCUUCAGACUGAAAGUGAAUUCGCAAAGGCUUACGAAGGCGGAUUGCACAAGAGCAAGUACUGGGAACCAGUUUAUGAGGACUCUAUGAAUCUGAUUGCCCGCUUGCCAGAGUUAGCUGCGUACAUAUAUCGGAGGGUGUAUAAAGGUGGAGAUGUGAUUGCAGCAGAUUCAAGUUUGGAUUACGCCGCUAAUUUUGCUCACAUGUUGGGCUUUAAAGAUGAGUUGAUGCAUGAGUUGAUGCGCCUUUACGUGAGCAUUCACAGUGAUCACGAAGGAGGCAAUGUAAGCGCACACACUGUCCACUUGGUUGGGAGUGCUCUAUCGGAUCCAUAUCUGUCUUUUGCUGCUGGAAUGAACGGUUUAGCAGGCCCUCUGCACGGGCUUGCAAAUCAGGAAGUGCUGCGCUGGAUUCAGCAAGUGGUAGAUGAAAUUGGUAGUGAAGUCUCACUCGAUCAACUUAAGGACUACAUUCAUAAGACCUUAAAGAGCGGUCGGGUUGUACCUGGGUUUGGGCAUGCUGUGCUGAGGAAAACUGACCCCCGAUAUAUAUGUCAGCGUGAAUUUGCACUUAAACAUCUUCCCGAAGAUCCCAUGUUCAAGAUGGUAUCGAAAUUGUUUGAGGUGGUUCCUCCUAUUCUUUUGGCAGGCGGAAAGGUCAAGAACCCCUGGCCUAAUGUGGAUGCUCACAGCGGUGUCCUGCUUCAGUACUACGGCUUGAAAGAACAGAACUACUACACUGUGCUUUUUGGAGUAUCACGUGCCAUGGGUGUCCUCUCUCAGCUCAUCUGGGAUCGAGCACUUGGUCUUCCAAUUGAACGACCGAAGAGUAUGACUUUUGAGUACAUUGAAAACUACUGCAAGUCCAAAGCGGGCAUGACAGCAUGAAGAUGAUUCCGACCUAUUUCAUAUAUGAGCAGUGCUAGCCAGAUCUUUAACCCGAAAAAUGUGUUUAAAUAAAAGCA